AUGCGACCAGAACCAGGAGCUUUCCUCGGUUCCAACUUUCCUUCACCGGUUCAUCCAGAGGUGCAUACACCAAAUCUAGAUGCAUUAGCCGCUAAAAGUCUGCUGCUGAAACGGUCUUACGUUCAACAGGCUGUCUGUUCUACUUCCAGAACAUCUUUAUUAAUAGGUCGGCGACCAUAUACAACACACGUUUACGACCUCAUCCAUUAUUUUAGAAACGUUGGAGGCAAUUAUACAACAAUUCCCGAGUUUUUCAAAAAUAAUGGAUAUAAGGUCAUUGGAAUGGGUAAGAUUUUCCAUCCAGGGGCACCUUCCGGAUUUGAUGAUCCCUACGCCCCAGUUGACAUGCCGGAAGUGGCUUGGGUCGAUUAUAUUACGGAAGAGCUAGGAGCUUAUACGGACAUUCAACAUGUUUAUCCAUCGGGUGCGAUUAACAGCACAUUGCCUGAUGAGGUAGUGAUUGGUUUAAGAAGGGCAUACUAUUGCGCCGUCUUUUAUACCGAUUCGCUGAUAGGCGAAGUUAUGGCGGAGCUUGAGAGUUAAGGGCUCGCUGAAAACACCAUUGUAUCUUUCUGGGGUGACCAUGGUUGGCAGAUCGGUGAACAUGAGGAAUGGUGUAAACAUACUAACUUUGAAGAUGCAACCCAUGUUACUAUGAUGGUUAGUGUCCCAGGACGUACGGAUAAAGGCGUUGUAACAGAAAUAUUAACAUAA